AUGCCUGUCACACUCCCCAUCAUCCACUUCAACGAUGUCUAUCGCGUUCGACAGAAGGACAAAAAAUCCGGCGGUACCAUCGGAGCAGACCAGUUUGCAGCCAAGAUUCAAUCCAUCCGCGAAUCAUGGGGCGAGCCAUCGGAUCUUUCGAAUCUCGCCCCUCCACCACCAACUUUGUCACCAGCCUCCGGUUCGCGCGACUGGACACAACAUUCCACCUCUCGAGAACGCAAGGGACUCGUGCUCUUUAGCGGCGACCUCUACUCGCCCUCGGUGGAAAGCAGUGUGACACGCGGAACGCAUCUGAUCCCGGUCAUCAAUGCGAUGAACCUCGACUGCGCCUGUUUGGGCAAUCACGACUGGGACUUUGGCUACCCGCAUUUGCAGACGUUGAUGGCGCAGAACAACUUUCCAUGGUUGUUCAGCAACGUGGUCGAUCGAUCCGGAAAGACGGACGAGCAGAACAGGGAUUGCAGCAGUUGGGAUGAGGAUUUUCAGGAUGACGAUGCACAGGUCCAGGGUACGUUGCGGUACUGGACGACGGUGGUACAGGGUGUCAAAGUAGGCUGUAUCGGUAUUGUCGAAAAAGAGUGGAUUGCUACGGUGCCCAGCUUUCCACAGGGCUUCGUUUACAGAAAUAUGGUCAAAACCGCGCAAAAGCUCAGUCGUACAUUGCGUGAUCCUACAGGCGAAGCAUGCGAGCUCAUCAUCGCUAUCACGCACAGCCGUCUGCCUAACGAUAUCGACUUUGCCAAUGCGGUUGGCGCGGUCUCGAACCCAGACGCCAACUCUCACGGUGUAGAUCUCGUACUGGGUGGUCACGACCACAUCUAUUACGUUGGAAACGGAGCUUCAAGCUUUCAAGGCGACGAGUUUGCGCGCGGGGAACCGGGAACGGAAAACGACAAGGCGACCAUGGUCGUCAAGUCAGGCACCGACUUCCGCGACCUUUCGGAGCUUCGACUGGAGCUCACAGAUCGAAACGACUCGGCUGUGCGUAAACGGACGAUCAGAUCGCUCAGCGUACAACGCUACCGCACGUCCACGUCGGACGCUACGUCUCCCCAGCUGAAAGCGAUGCUCGAUGAUCUGCUUGCCAAAAUCUCGAAAUCCACCUCGCAAAGCGUAGCCUACACGCUCACGCCAUGGGACGUGCGCUCUGAGAAGGUGCGAACUGACGAAUCCGCAUUCGGCAAUUUUGUAGCCGACGUGCUUAUGAACUCGUACGAAGAGGUGCUGCGCGAACGCGACAAUCGCGGCGAACUGAGCGAGAAACGACCGGCGAGCACACGCGAGGUGGACUGCGCGCUGAUCUGCGGUGGAAGUCUGAGAGGCGAUCAGAUAUAUGGACCUGGCAAGAUCGCAUUAUCGGACGUGCUCGAGAUCUUGCCAUUUGAAGAUGCAGUGGUAUGCAAGGAGUUGAAGGGCCAAGAUAUCUGGGAUGCGUUGGAGAACGGAUUGUCGAUGUAUCCGAAGCAGGAGGGACGCUUUCCGCAGGUGGCGGGAAUGAUGGUCAAGUGGGAUUCCAGCAAGCCGCCGGGCAACAGGUUGGUGAGUGUCGAAUUGCUUGACAACCCACUCGACACUCCUCCACCGCAGCAGGGUGAUCGAGACGAUAUGCAGAAUCACAAGCUCAGUCAAGACGACGCUGAAUCCAAUGUUGGAAAGCUGCGUCGGUUUUCCGUGACCAAGCUUCCUUCAGGAGGAUACGAUGUCGAAGUGCAUCGACCAGCGUUGGUCAGUCGAGGACCUCUCGAGAUGGAAAAGACGUACCGCGUCGUCACGCGCGAGUAUCUUGCGGAAGGAUACGACGGAUUUGAGGCGUUGAAGAGGGGCUCUUUUGUGGUGGAUCACGAGAAUGGUCAGCUUAUGUCGGCAAUUGUGCGCAAAUUCUUGUUGGGCGCGAGUUAUCUAUGGCGGAUGAAGCAGAUGCGACGAGCGCAGGCUGAGAACGCUGCAUCGGUUUCCAGCCAUGGUGAUGCGUCCGGUGCAGGACAAGAUCCGCAAGCGAGCAGCGACCAAGAUCGGGUGCGCCAGGAGGACGACAAGAUGGAUACGCUAAGCAAGCGCACACGGAUCGCCAUCUCGCGUGCGCGAUCGCUAAACCUGCUUCAACGUUCGAUCCAUCCCAACUCGGACUCGAGCCAUGCGGCUUGUACGCCGGUGAAGCAGAGUGCGUCGGCUAUGGCAUCGUCGGACACACUCGACAAGGGGUGGCGUAUGGUCGUCGAUCAGUCGCCUGGAGGGUUUCGCGAUGCUUUGCACGUUGGAGGUUCCGAGCACCACUCGCAGUUCGACCGUGUGCACAGACGCUUCAACGAGGCUCUGCCUGCUUACACGGGCAGCGCAGCCACUUGUUCCGACGAUGCUGCAUCAUCGGUGGAUGCGCACGGUACCGAGACUGGCAAGCGCGAUGCCAAACGUAUGCGCAUGCAUUCUGCUGAUGACGCGACCAUCGAGAAUGCGCUAUUCGACGCAACGCUCACGUCGAGUUUGGCGGGACAGAUCAAGGAUCUGCUGAGAUUGGUGAUGCGAGCAGCGCAAGUGGACGGAAAACUGUACGAUGCAUCGUCAUCGCCGAGUGCGGCGGCUGCGGUACAGGACGACGAUGAUGUUUUGGGGAGUGCCAAUAUCGCACUCGGUAGUAUCGUCGACGAUGAGGCUGAUGCUGAUGCGACACUCGCGUUGCUUGCUUCUGGUAGCUUGGACCGUGCGGCUCGAGGUGCACCGACACAGUUGAGCAAAGAGAUUGUCGAGAAAGCCACCGAGUUGCGCUCGACAUUUGCGCGUCUCGAGAGCGCUGCGCGCGCGCUCCCCGCCGGCAUGCACAUGAACCUCACGCAACAGCAACACCUCGUCGACCUUCUGCAACGUUUCACAGCGCGACAAAAUGCCAACUCGAUACACCUCAAUCAUGCUUCAAAUACACGCUUCCACGACACACACAUCGAGUCGCACAACUUCCACCAUGGCCCUGUGGCGUCCACGUCGUUCCACCUAGAUCAGCACCAGAUGGAUCAGUUGCAAUCCGACAUCCGAUCCUCUGCCACCACGAAUCAAGCGCACAACACGCAUCGCAACAACCGCAUUGAUACAGAUGAAGAGACGUCCAACUUGGCGUUUGUUUCGCCGCUAGUCGAUGGCAGGUUGGUCGACAUUGCUCGUCCAUCAACUUGA